CCUGUGCUGACAUUUGGAACAGGCAGAUGUUAUCCUGUCGACGCAACCCCUAAAAACCCAGGAAGAUUCAUCAUCAAGAUUUUAGCCUGCAUUAAGCCCAGGCCCGCUGUGCUUGCUUUUUCGUUUCCUGAUAUCUUCAAUGUUUCUUUAAUCUGUUGUCGUUUUCUCUGAAUUACUACCGGCUCAAGCACGAUCUCUCUCUCCAUCGUCCUAACGAUCCGGAAAACGGUCCUCUCUCCUUCCCGGUCGAAGGGGAUUGCGGCCACGCACCCAUAUCUCGACAAUCAUAAAUCCCCCCUUGGAUGAAGUUCGCGAUGCGUCGAGCCUCCACCUUUGCGCUUAUUGCGCUUUCAUGGAGCUCCGCCGUCAGCGCGGCCUCCAGCGCCGGUGAUUACUUUGUGCGAUCACUUCCUGGCGCGCCUCCAGGGCCAUUGGUAAAAAUGCACGCCGGUCACAUCGAGGUCACCCCCGAAAAGAACGGCAACAUGUUCUUCUGGCACUUUCAGAAUAAACACAUCGCCAAUAGGCAAAGGACGGUUAUCUGGCUCAAUGGAGGCCCAGGCUGUAGUUCCGAAGACGGUGCUCUCAUGGAGGUCGGCCCCUACCGCCUCAAAGACGAUCACACACUGGUGCCUAACGAGGGAUCGUGGCACGAGUUUGCAAACAUCAUGUUCGUCGACAACCCGGUCGGUACCGGCUUCAGCUACGUCAACACUGAUAGUUACGUGACCGAAUUGGAUGAAAUGGCCGACCAGUUCAUCAUCUUUCUGGAGAAGUUCUUUGAGCUGUUUCCAGAAUACUCGGAAGACGAUCUCUAUAUCGCCGGAGAAUCCUUUGCUGGACAGCACAUCCCAUACAUCGCCAAACACAUACUCGAGCGCAACAAGAACUCCAUGACCAAGAUUAAAUGGAACCUAAAAGGUCUCCUCAUUGGAAAUGGUUGGAUCGCACCAAACGAGCAGUACCGAGCGUAUCUGGAAUUUUCCUACGCGAAAGGGCUCCUCGACAAGAAUUCGCAGACGGCAAAAAGCCUCGAGGCGCAGUACGCAGACUGCCUGAAGGAGUGGGAUGACAACGGCGCCAAGGUUGAUGUUGCACUAUGCGAGAGCGUUUUACAGAACCUACUCAAGCUCAUCUCCAAGGUCGAGGCUGACGGCCAGAGGCAUUGUGUCAACAUGUAUGAUGUCCGCCUGCGGGACACGUACCCGAGCUGUGGAAUGAACUGGCCGCCGGAUUUGGUCCACGUUACCCCAUACCUUAGGAGGAAGGACGUUGUCGAGGCUCUACAUGUCAACCCAAAUAAGGCAAGUGGUUGGACGGAGUGCACGGGUGCUGUUGGAAAGAGUUUCAAGGCGCAGAAAUCGAAGCCCUCCAUUGAGUUGCUGCCAAAGAUCUUGGAGGAGGUGCCUAUUCUUCUCUUCUCCGGUGCUGAGGAUCUGAUUUGCAACCACAUGGGAACUGAAGCAUUCAUUGGAAAAAUGACAUGGAACGGUGGCAAGGGCUUUGAGCUCACCCCUGGGACGUGGGCACCACGACGCGACUGGACUUUUGAGGGCAAGGAUGCAGGCUUCUGGCAGGAGGCGCGAAACCUGACCUAUGUACUCUUCAAGGACUCGUCGCACAUGGUGCCUUUUGACUACCCCCGGCGGUCGCGCGACAUGCUGGACCGCUUCAUGGGCGUCGACAUCAGUAGCAUUGGUGGAAACCCCACCGACAGUCGACUUGACGGCGAGAAACUUCCCGAGACAACGGUCGGCGGAGCGGCCGGCAACUCGACCUCCAAACAGGAGGAGGAGAAGAAGAAGCUGGACGAGGCCAAGUGGUACGCCUACCGCAAGUCGGGAGAGGUCGUCCUGGUCAUCGUUGCCGUCGCAGCCGCGGCAUGGGGAUGGUACAUCUGGCGCGACCGCCGCCGCAGACGGGGCUACCAGGGCAUUUUUGGCGGUUCUCCCAGCGAGUCCACCACACGCCUCCCAGGACUCGGUUCGAGGGUUACUUCCAGUGCAUCCGGCCUGGAGGGUUUCAGGUCCAAGCGCCAAAACGGUCGGGAUGUGGAGGCUGGCGACUUUGACGAGAGCGAACUCGAUGAUCUCCACGCGCAGACGCCUACCGACGCAAGAUACAGCGUCGGCGGCGACAGCGACGAUGAGGAAGAUGCCAGCGGCUCGCGCAAGGAGGGUGGGCCCAGUGGCGGUAAGGGACGAUGAGCAAGAGUUGUGAGGGAGGUGGACUGUUGUACAUGUCUGGUGGUUCAUCCACCAAACCGAUUGUUUCGAGCCGUUUAAGACCUGUAUGGACCAUAUCUUACCGCAUUUCUUUUUCAGAGCGGCGAUUUUUUUUGUUUGUUUUCACACAAGGAGAGGGUGAAAGUUUGCAUUGGCUGAACAAGAUUGUCAUCUGCAGACGAGCUGCAAAUGUGAUGAAAACAUGCUACACAUUGCAGUUUCUUUAACGGAGUAUGGGGCAGGUAACCAAGCAACAUGAGCCUUCAACUCUAGGCGUUUGAGGGAUCAGCGGAUUUCUUUUUUUUUAUAUAUAUUAUAUGAGUCUCUUGUCAUGGUUUCAGCGAGUCUUUGCCACUUCAGUCUGCACGUCUUUGUUCAUUGUGAAUCGCCUUGCUAUCUGUAUGUGAUCUGGGUUGUUUGAUGAUUUGCAAGGCAACGUGAAUGCACUUAAUUCUCCUUUUGGCUAUUACAAUGAUCAGAUACUAUCAACUUGUGAGAAUCCGCGGGUACAGCUUUUCGAGGGGCUAGGGGCGACGAAAAUGGAGGGAUACUUUUGUCGAUUAUAGGCAGCCG